GGCACCCAACCACUAGGGUUUUGGAUAAUCUCUAUCCAUGUUGUACCUGCUCGCCGAUCAAUAAUGAGGUUAUGGGUCACAAAAUAUCCAUUUUUUUCUGAUAACGUCCAAGAUUAACAAAAUUUCAUAGUCCGGGAUAUUUAGUCCUUAAAUGCAGUGGUUUUUGACAUCCUUAUUUUAUUACUCAGUCAUUAGAACUGGAAUUUGAUGUCAAGUUCUGUCACGUGGGUAUGUGCAUAAAAUGCCGCAAAAUCCUGGUGGUGUUGUGUUUACUAAAAGUAAACGUGAGCAGAAACGUUUUUAGGAAGUGUGUCAACAAGAACUCACCAACCGGGAUUUCAUGACAUAUUGUGUUGAACCAGUUAAUGCCACUGAUUAUAUGAUUAAAUCAUGUCACAACCGAAAAAUUGUGGUGCGAAGGAACGUUUAAAAACUCAGGAUCGUGCCUUAAUUUAUCUCCAAGGAGAAAAUUGGCUCUACGAUGAACGUCACUCAGUUUUUGCUUAUGACACACCCGGGUUGAAUUUAAAUAAGAAUCCAUGGAUCGAGGAAUGGAAUGUGGAAACUGCCAGGAACCUUUGCCAGCCAUUCCCAUGGCACUGUGAUUAUCCGAAGCCUCUGUUGCCUCCUGCCAGAUUGUCCAGGGGUGUUCUCUGUCAAGGUGAUCCUGGACUAGAUUUCCUUUGGAGAAAAACUUAUAUCGCAGAAGAUGUAGAACACAUGAGUAGAUACUUCAAGCGGAAAUUGAUAAACUUGGAUUUGGGUGUAAAAGAUAUAAAAUUCAAGAGCACAGGAUUGACAUCUACGACAGUCCUCCCUAGAUUCGUAGCAGAUCUAUCCGAACUCAUGGAGAUGGAUCCCGACCCUGAGUUCAACGGGAAAUAUAACUACUAUUUCAAUGGUGGGUCUCUAGCCAACAUCAAGAUAAAUGACGAGAAUAUUCUGGUAUUUCCAUAUAUGCAGGAGUUGAUUAGUGCACCUCUUGUCUAUCGCGGAAGCUCCAUCUGGAGACCGAAUUUAAAAAGGGCAGCCAAAUGUGAGCUUGAGAGUCAGGUGUUCGAGUUGAAACAGGCUGCUUAUGACAGGGGCUAUCAGAUGAUGGCAAGAGCUAAACAUUCGUGUGAAUUCUUCUCUGUCACUCAGAAAGGGGACAAGUUGAAAUUGAUGAGCAAGCACAGGCAUACAUCCUCGACUCCACUGAUAUCUGCCGAUAUCAAUCCAUUCGAUCCGACUGAAUUCUGUAUUGUGAAUAUUAAGGAGACGAUAGCACUACGUAAUUUGGAAACGGGGAAGAAAUUGAAGGCUGAAUUGAUGAAAACAACGGUCGAGGAUAAAUGGAGGAGUGUUAAAUUCCAGAAGUGGAAGCCUCAUAUUGUGACCCUGGCUGACAGAUCAUCUAUCCAUUACUUGGAUACAAGGUGCUCCAUAAACAAGCCUGUACUUACCAUGCACCCAAAGCCCUACAUGAAUGAUCACGAGUGGAUAUCCCUCGAAAUACCCAGUAAUAACGAGGCAUGUCACUACGUUGGUACUUACCAGAGCCUAUUAAUGCUUGACAGCAGACAUCCAGAGGACCCCGUUCGACAGAAAUGGACCCAUCAGCUCCAAAGUGCCCCAAUAACGGGCAAUAUUCUCUUCAACAAUGGCAGGGAGGUCGUUACAUUAGCAACACAACUGCCAGGUGAUGUAAAAAUAAUAUUAAAUACUUGGGAAGACUCUGACGAACCUCACAGCUUUCACCUACCCUAUGCACCUCCAAGUGUGCUCGAUACACUGCGAGAAAGCCAACUGCUAGGGAAAUGCUUAGAUCCAUUGAUGAGGAUAAGACUGAAAUUAUCCACGGCUGGGUCUCAAUUGAUUCAAGACGAGUCCCAGAAUAUUUACUUCUUCACCCAAAAUUCUAUUGGUGAUAUUUUCUAUCAAGGUCUCAAUUACGAAGAGGUGUUGGAUAAAAAUUCUUACGUGAAUACAAAUGCUUAUUAUGCGUUGGAAGUCUGGGAGAAAAGAAUGCUGGCGCAGAAUUAUGUUGCACCUCUGGUUCUUUCUGACCAAUCGAACAUGGAAGCAGUAUUCAAUGCAUUCACGAAUAAAGACCUGAAGUAUCAGGCGCCGGUGAGGAAGAUUUGGAAGGAUAGAGAGAGAUCACCUCGAAGAAAAAAAUGCAACGAAGGGAAGAAGAGGAAAACGUUGGAAGAGGAAGAAUCCGCACCCAGUUGGAAGCAUUCGAUAAAACGAUUGAGUCAGUACACUGACCGACUCGCACCAGCACUCCUAGAAGUUUGGGAGGUCACUGGGCAGAAGGAUCAAGGGCCUCAAACUGGGCCCACCGAGAAAGUGCUGAAUUGGCUGCAAUACUCAGGGGACGGAACUCAAGAGCCUUUAUUGAGCCAAGGGGCGUUAGAAGACGAGGGAGAUGACUGUGUGUUGACUCCAGUGGUUAGUCAAGAGCUGAUCAGUGUGUCACAGCAACAGGAGCCUCGAAAUUACGUUCAAGAUGUUGAUGGGAAUAUUCAGCAUGGAGAGUUCAUCGAGGAUUCAUUCGCACAUGAAGAUUAUGUACCUCUUCAAAGACCCGCUCGAAUGGAGAGGCUUGAUAAACGAAAGGAGGCGAAGAGAAGGAACAAUUUCACUGUCGGAUUUUAGUUGAUAAGUGUUGGCUUAAAAAUUGUCGGUGGUCCGUUUCAGUACGACACACGAUGAAUCUCGAAGGACAUAAAAGUAUUAUUUUUUUUAUUGAUUUUGAUGAAAUGAUUGGAGGGCGAGUGUUCGAAAAUAUUAGAUUGGAGAUGAAGAAGAGGAACAAUUUCAGUUUAUUUUGUAAAUUAUUUUGUGUUGCUGUACUUCGUGAAAUUAUGGAUGUCUCCAUAAAUAUUUUCAUUGUAGGUGAUAAAUUGAAGCAUUUGUAUGUUUCAACUAAUUUUGAAUAAAGUCUUUCAUACGAUUUCGUAAA